AUGAAGGCUUCCGUGGUACUUUUCACUUUUGCUGCCGCCGUUCUGGCCAGCCCCAACGGACCCUGCGAUGACUGCAUCUGCGCUAGUAAAGACACUGUUGUCUGUCAGGAACAAGGCAAUGGUGGCCUCAUCUCUUUGGGCAACGUCUCACCUGGGGCGGUCGAUGAAAAUUGCGCUUCUAAGGACGUUUACUGUUGUGCAAAAGAUGAUGUCAACCAGAGUGACCUGGCUAACCUAGACGUUGCGGCUCAAUGCUCUCUUAACCGUGUUCUAUAA